GUAAGGUCCGUCGAGCCCGACCUGCAAUCCCACCAAUGGCACCUCUUCCACUUGCACGCGUAGCCCACCAUGAACGAGCAUUCACUUACACAGGGGUGGACUACUUCGGGCCGCUGCUGGUAAAGCAGGGCCGAUCCAACGUAUAGCGGUGGAUCGCGCUAUUCACCUGUUUAACAGUACGUGCCGUCCACCUUGAGGUCGCCUAUUCGCUGUCAACAGAAUCCUGCAUCUCCUGCGUUCGUCGGUUCGUGGGUCGCCGAGGUUCACCCGCCGAAUUCUUCAGCGACAACGGAACGAACUUCCAAGGCGCCGACCGGGUACUGCGACACCAGAUUAGCCAGGGACUGUCUAACACGUUCACGAACGCCAACACGAAGUGGAACUUCAUCCCGCCAGGAGCGCCGCACAUGGGCGGUGCAUGGGAACGCUUGGUACGGUCCGUGAAGGCCGCAAUGGGUGAGGCGUACUCCGAGGGAAAAUUAGACGACGAGGGGCUGCAGACACUGGUCGUGGAGGCUGAAAGUAUGGUAAAUUCAAGGCCUCUGACGUAUUUGCCACUCGACAGUGAAGAAGCAGAGGCGCUCACACCCAACCAUUUUUUGGUGCUGAGCUCAAAUGGUGUAAAAUCUUGCUUCGAUGGGGAUUCGGCUACAAUCCGUAGCCAGUCCGUCGAACUGGUCCGUCGAGAAAUCCUGGGGAGAUCCUGGGAACUGAUCCAACGUCAGCUGGACGCUUUCUGGAAACGCUGGUUGGUGGAAUACCUGCCGGUAAUUCGUCGGCAGUCGAAGUGGUUCGAUGAAACCCGAACCCUAGAUGUUGGAGACCUGGUAAUGGUAGCGGAGCCGGCAAAGCGGAGCGGAUGGGAGCGAGGACGAAUCAUCCGCACUAUCUCGAAUCCAGACGGCCGACAUCGACAGGCUGUCGUGAAGAUUGGGCAGAAAAGUGUGGUGAGACCAGUGUCACGGUUGGCGCUGCUUGACCUCCGAGACAAGAGUGAGACUCCGGAGGACUCCGGACUUCACCGGGGGGAGACUGUCGGCGCAGGAGUCGGCAAGCUGGCAACCCGGCCUAUCCACAAUUCUGAAGGGGGUGCGACAGCUGUCAAAGCGUCGCUUCAUCGCGAGUGACAGACGUCACCAGGGAGAUGACGUCUUGUUAACGCUACAUCCGGUCAUACUUUCUUUUAGUUUGUCACAUCGAAGCAGACAGAAGUGAAAAAUUAGGCUCUGUUACAGCAGGCAGUAAAGUGAAUUAAAUUAAAGAUUAAGUGCUAGAAGGAGUUCGUUUAAUAGUGUUCUGUCCGGGAAAAGCGUGAUAACUACACCAGAGAAAUUGAAUUCGUUGAAAUAGUGCGUCGAACGUUGGUGAAAUUUGUUCACACCACGGGUGUGCCCGAAUAAGCGUUUAGUCCUGGUCGUGUCUGCAGUCAGUCCGAUAAAGUCCUUGAUCCGCCGUAGU